CGAUGCUUGCAAGCUAGGGGUUCGACGAGUCCGACGGGUCUGACGGGUCCGAUGGGGGGUCCGAUGCAUGUGCGGGUUAGGAAAAAUGGGGUUGAGUUAUAUGAGGGUUAUUUUUGGGUUUUUGAUAAAAGUGUCAUAUAUUUUUUAGUUUGAAAUGUAUUGGUUUAAGAAUAAAAUAUUAGGGUUUUUAAAGUAUAGUUUUUCAAAUUUCCCAAAGAAAAUGGGGCCAAAAUGUAAAUUUGAUAUCUUGAUAUCCUAAUCCGAAUUUAAAUAAAUUUGGGUCAUCACUUUCAUUUCACCAAAUCUUAAAAAGGCGGGAACUGCAAAUCGUUACAGGGAGAGAAGAGAGAAAAACGAGAAUGGACCCAAAGAAGUCGACCAACGAUUUGAAGACCAUAUUAGACGCCAUUAAAUCUUCAGAUGUUGUAGAGAGCCGUACCCAGCUGCUUUAUGAACUCGGAGAACUAAAGUUAUCAGAGAAAUCUGACUUGGUUUCCCUUAUUGAAUGCCUCACAACAUUUUGGGAAGACUACACUUGUCUGGAUGUAACUCAGUGCAUGUUAAACAAGGCCAUAAUACAUGUGGCUUUAAAGCACCUGGAAUCGGGUAUAUCCUGUUGUCAAUGCCAGUUUCUUACCCUUGCAACGAAGUCAAGCAUAUGGUGCGGAAAGCACCUGAAGAUGACUCUCAUGUCCUCCGGGGAGUCUCAAGAAGAGGAGCAUACCGAACUGUUUUUUCAGCUACUAGUGGAUUUUCUGAGCUUUUCCACUGCUAGUUAUUCAGCUUUGGCAAGAAUUCCUAUAUCAGCUAACAGAACGUUGAUGGAUGCUACUGAAAAGUUCAUUUUGGAGCAAUUAAACUUAACCAAAGAGUUGUUAUCAGAGAUCAAGAAAAUAAAUUCACACGGAUCAGAAGUGUUGAAGAUAGCACAUAUGGUUAUAGAUGCUGUAAUAAGACUGUGUGGAGUGUAUUCUGAAGCUGUAACUUGGAAUGUUACUGAUGAAAAGCUUGAUACAGAGAACAGUAGUAUGGAAUGUGAAGUGAUCAAUAAUAUGAAUCAUGUUAUUGAUAUAACAAAGUGUUCAAUUGGAAAACUGCAUGAGAUAGGCAUAAUUGCUGCUAAUAGUGGGGGAAGCUUAGUAAGUAUACUUAAUGUGUCAUGGAAAGGUGUGGUAAGUCUGCUUCAGCUUGGUGAGGGGAUCUUAGCUAUUAAGAUGAAUGUAGCAGAUAUCAUUUCAAGUCUAAUCUCAUUGGCUAAUGAAUAUCUGAAAAGUGUUGCUGAGGCUUGGUCUUCUUCGCUAAAGGAGCCUAUUUCUGCAGUUGAAGCAAGAAGGAAAUUUAUUCCACUAAGGUUUUACUUAAUUAAUGCUCUCAAAAUUUCAGCUUUAUAUCCAUGUCAAGCAUGUACGGUGCACAGGGAGAUAACACUCUGUAUCCUCAUGAUUUUGACUCUUAAAGUCUCUUGGAGCAAGGACAAACUGCUUAAAGCUGCUAGUGAAGCUUUUUCAGAACUUUUGGGUAAAACAUCCUUUGAUCUACUUAAUUCGUUUCUAAGUUCAGAUCAAGUGGAGCAAAAGUUAAAAUUAGAGGUUGUUGAUAGCCUGUUCAGUGACGAAAGCUUUGCGAAUUCUAUUCCUGGAGAUAUGAAUGAUCAUAAUAAGAUGCUUCACAUGGAUGUCACUCUUUCUUCUCAAGUAUUUACUGGGGUAAGCUCAUUGUUGGUUGGUCGGGUUGCAUUGUUUCUUAGUUUCUUGAGAUGUUCACCUGAUCUAAAAGAAGAUAUAAAACUUGGGCUUGCCAGAAAGCUUGGAUGGUUUUUAGACUCUUUAAUUGAUGAAGAGGUGUAUUCUUCAGUUCUCGUUUUGCAACUCCCUGUAUUGUGUUGCUCUGGGAAAAAAGAGACGCUAGUUUGGCAACCAAUGUUUUCAUGUCUUUUGGAUGCACUAAAGUCAUUUUUGGUUGUGGUAUCUUCAAGCGAUGCAUGGAUGGAAGUGGAAGCAUUUCUUCUUGAGAACCUUUGCCAUCCUCAUUUCCUUUGCUGGGAAAUUGUAAUGGAGCUUUGGUGCUUUAUUCUACGUUAUGCUGAGUCAGGAAUGGUAAGUGGAUUUAUUAAUAAGAUUUGUUCAUUGAUGAAGUCACUGGCGUCUUCUCAAUCAGUUCUUGAUCCUAGUUCGGGAAUGAGAAAGUUGGCAAGAUCAAUCAGCAUGCUAAUCAGUUUCGGGGCGCAAUCUUUGGUAGACCAGGUUUUCAAAUCCAUAAUUGGUGACAGCAGAUCUCAACUGUCGUCAAUUAUGUGUUCAGCAUUGUUCAUGGAGGGCUUUCCACUGAACUUACUAUCUGAUAAGAUGAAAAGUAUUGCAGCUGAAAGAAUACUUGCUGAUUUUCUUGACUUCAUAGAAAGUUUUGAAGAAAAAUCAAUAACAGCUACUAAUGAUGGUGUUUCGGGAGUCCCCGUAUUUGCGCUGUCUGCUUCAAUGCAGUCUCUCCAGAUCAACUUAUCUGAUAUUGGAGUGAAGAUCCUGCAGUUCCUAGUUUCUUUAAUCCAUAACUACGGUGUUUGUGUGGACAAACUAAGGAAGGAGCUAUACCGCAAGCUUUUGAGUGAAACAUUAGCGAUCAUCUCAAACAUGAAGCACCUAUACUCAUAUGAGGGAAUGAUCAAGCUUCUUCUUGAGCUUGAAAAUUUGUUCAUCUCAGGUCCAGCAGCCUCUGACAGAGACUUGUAUGAAUGCAAACCAAACCUUGCUCUUUUCAUGGCAGGUCUCGCACACAUGCCAAUGGCAGAAGCUGAUAAGGACAGUACCAAAAUCUCUGCCGCUAGCCAAUUGUAUCAAAUGAUGUUAAAGGAAAGGCACUGGGCUCUUAUUCAUUUGGCAAUCACAGCAUUCGGGUUUUUUUCAGCCCGCACUUCGUGUGAUGAGCUCUGGCGAUUCGUGCCUGAAAAUGCAGCCCUUUCAUACGAUUUAGAAUAUGGAAAAGAGGCAAACGAGGAGAGAUUCAUGUCUGAAUUCAAAGUAUUUCUCGACAAAGGAACUGAUAUCGACAUAACUACUUCAUCAUCCGGGGGUGAGCAACUAGGACAGCUUUCAAAGGAGGGUCUGAUUUUGAAGGAAAUGUUUCAAAAGAUCCCAACUAUCAAAACAGAAACUGUUGCUGUAUCUGAAACAAUGGAAAUUGAUGAUGAAAAGCAAUCCAUGGAGGUUGAUGUAGAGAAGCAACACAGCAGAAAAAGGAAACUUCCUGAUGGAAUUAGCAAGGGAAUGGAACUAUUACAGAGUGGUUUGAAAGUUAUUGUUAAUGGUCUGUCUGAGUGGCACCAAACUCAGCCUGAGUCAAGUAAUAAUGAACUUCAUGAUCAGUUGAAGACUCACUGUUCUCGUCUAGAAGAUGAAAUUUCUCGAUUAGCAGGCUUUGCUGGUGGAAACUAAAGCUGGGAUUUUAGCUCACUUGCUGAGUACACUGUUUACAUAACCAAUUUCUUAGAUGUAAACACAACAGUGAGUGUUCAUUGCAAAUCAGCAGAUGAUGAUCUUGGGACUCAUAUUGUGUCAUAUGGUGAUAAUUUCAAUUGGAGUUUCAACAUAAAUUUCUUUAGAACUACUCUAUUCUAUUGUGAUAUGAGUACAAGUAAAGGAGAUCUCAAAGGUCAUUUUGUUGUUUUUGAUGCCCAAAAAUAUGAUUGCCAUGAUAACAAAUGUUAUUGGGAUGUUUCAAACAGUGGAUUGUAUCUAUUUAAUUAUCGUCUUAAUAAGUAUGAGUUACAAUAUUCAUGGCCAAAGUCAAUAGUAGCUAGUACUACUAUUGAUCCCAAAUUUUGAUCAACACUACUCUUGAUCAUAUAUGCAUCUCUCUUGCAUAUUUCUCUUGUUUUUUUUUGUUAGAUCAAUGAAAUAAUAAAAAGUUCCUUAUUAUUAUAAUUAUAUUACUCUUUCUUUGUUCUUUAUGUUUUCUUUCUUCUUCUUAUUAUUACUAAUGUCUUGUUGCAUUUUACAUUAGUCACCUUUUGAUGGAUCCAAUUGUCAAUAUACACUUUGUUACUACUUAUUUCAAGUAGGGCCGGGCGCCCAAGAAUGUAAGGAAUGAAGAUCCUCAAUUAAAAAUUAGUGUCCUACAUAUUUUAU